AUCCUUUUCUGUGUGUACUGUAGUCAGAUCUGAGUGCUCCGCGCGCAACAGCAACGCCGCGCCGCGGCCCCGACCAGGAAGUGAAUUUGAAGAAAAUAAGCGACUGUGGAGGUAGAAUGACAUAGAGGGGGAGAGGUGGGAAAGAAGCAAGCGGAGAUAGAAGUGACUAAAGGAGGGAGGGAUCGAACCUGUUUCUGGACCUGUAUUAAGCUGCUCCCCUCCUGGAUAUACUGCACCGCCAAAAAAUGCUCAUAAAGGAAUUUCGAGUGAUUCUUCCUAUCUCUGUGGAAGAGUACCAGGUCGGCCAGCUGUACUCUGUGGCUGAGGCCAGUAAGAAUGAGACGGGUGGAGGAGAAGGAGUGGAGGUGCUAAAAAAUGAGCCCUACGAGAAAGAAGGAGAGAAGGGACAGUACACACACAAAAUCUACCAUUUGCAGAGUAAAGUGCCAUCAUUUGUCAGAAUGUUGGCUCCAGCUUCAGCUCUCAACAUCCAUGAGAAAGCUUGGAACGCAUACCCAUACUGUCGCACAGUUAUCACUAACGAGUAUAUGAAAGAUAACUUCCUGAUCAAGAUUGAGACAUGGCACAAACCUGACACGGGACACCUCGAAAAUGUACACGGUCUGGAUGCAGAAACCUGGAAGAAGGUGGAUGUAGUUUAUAUUGAUAUUGCUGACAGAAGCCAAGUGGAGCCCAAGGACUACAAGCCGGAGGAGGACCCUUGCAGGUACAAGUCAGUGAAGACAGGACGAGGCCCUCUAGGACCAGACUGGAAGAAAGAACUUCCUAAGAAGACAGACUGCCCACACAUGUGUGCCUACAAACUGGUCACGGUCAAAUUCAAGUGGUGGGGCCUGCAAAAUAAAGUGGAGAACUUUAUUCAAAAGCAAGAGAAGCGUUUGUUCACUAAUUUCCACCGUCAGCUGUUCUGCUGGAUCGACAAAUGGAUCGACUUGAACAUGGAAGACAUCCGUCGCAUGGAGGAGGAGACUCGCAAGCAGCUAGAUGAGAUGAGAGUGAAGGACCCAGUUAAAGGGAUGGUGGCUCUAGAGGACUGAUGUUUUGAUGACCCGUGAAUACUGGUGCUCAUAAGACCAGACUAUCCAGACACCAGCGGAUUCACAUUCUUAUUCUAUUCCAACUGACACAACAUCUGACCGGCCGGUCCAAUAUACCCCCCACCCCCCACCCCCGAUACAAUCUGGCUUUCAGGGACCUGGACCCAGUAAUCUCCCAGUUUUCAGAUGAUCUCUUACACCACAUCCCACCUCCCUUGAGUCCCAUCCAUCUCUUAUUUGUUUUUCCAUCCAGUGUCUUAUUACCUGCUCGGAGGCCUCCAGGCCUCCACACUAGAUCUUGUCAGUCAGUCCUCUCUUUUGCUCUCUCAGACUCUAAACUACAGAGAAUAGUGUUAUCUCUGCAAUUUAGAAAUUAAUUUCGAUUUAAGUUAUCCCUAUGGUGUAUAUAUAUACAGUAUACCGUAUAUUGGGGAGCUGAAUAAUUGUAUGGAAAUAUAUAUAUAUAUAUAUAUACAGUAUAUAUAUAUAUAUAUAUAAAUAUAAAUAUAUAUGAACAGGGUUUUUAAAAGGAUUUUGUCUGUAAGUAUGUCUGUGGAUGUUUAUUUUUUCAAGUCCAAGCUGUAGCCUAUCUACUAUCUAUCCAGUUUUGAUCUUGUCUUUUUUGAUUUAUCAUAAUAUCUCUUUUCUGCCAUUUAUGUCAUGCUUUAUGCAGUGUUUCUUUUUGCUGUUCAAACCAAUCUGCGAGUCUACAAACCGCAGCUGCAAGGUUUGGGAUUGUGCUGAGAGUGUUAUGUUGUCUCUGCUAUACUCCUGACCAACUAGAUAGGAUUUCUUUCCAGUGUUUCUCCUAAUGUCGUGAGGCAUUCAUUGGCUUUUCUGCUGCUUUGUUUGUUUGUGUGUAUAACUGUGUGCCUGCGUGCGUGUGUGCAUGCGUGCGUGUGUGUGUGUGUGUGUGCAUGUUUGUUUGUUUCUGUAGCAUUAUAAGGUCAUCAUGGUUUCCAGCCAUGUUUUUCAUUUUCCUCCUUCCAGAUCAUUUCCAGCUCUUCAGUUUAAUCUGGCUGUUCAAACAGUGAUUUAAAUAUACAAUAAUGCACACACAGAGAUAGUAUACAUGGAUGUAUCACUUUGCAAAGGGAAAUGCACAAUAGAUCAGCCAUAAAUGAGUCUUUAUUUUUUACAGACUUUACAGAUGACUCUGUGAUUUUAACAUUAGCAGCCAUCAUGAACACACAGCUCCUCCUGCGCCUUGUAGAUAAAUAAAUGGUUCUUUGAAAGUAAAAUGUUACGUGAUCUGCAUCAGUUCUUCCCCUGUCACCCAUUCUCUCACCUCCAGUGGAUAAAUGGUCUUAUCCAGCGAUAGCAAUAACUAUCAUGACACGUUGGUCUCUCCUUUUUAUCAUCGCAAAUCUAAUCUCACUCUAGUGUUUGUUCCUAUCCUAAAAACAGUUUAAGUAAAGCAGAGCCCAAGCUGAAAGCCAGGGAUGGUUAAGAUGAUGAUUAUUUUUUUAAUAAAUGCGGGUUUUAUUGUGUUUGUCUUUGCAUAAGGUAGAUUUGUCUCCUGCUGGAGACUAAAGCCUGGUAUUUGUGAUAGAUUUUAGAUUUUAGAGUAUAUGCAUGAGUGUACAUGAGUGAUGUAAAGUGGGUGUCUUUGAAGUGAUCUGAUGCUGGCUGGGUAAGGAAGAACGGAAGCAAUGGUGCUAGAGUAGUGAUAACAGCAGGCAUUAACCUUCCUCUUGAUAGCAUUUGUUUGGCCUUCUUUGUACUCAGUUACUUUUUUACUUUCCUCUUUUCCAUCUUCUGUUUACCUUCCCUACACAUCUUAUAACAGUGUGGAAACUUUAAAGAGAAAGAAACAGAUCAUGUCUAAACCAUUUUAGUGAUUUAGGUCUGUCAUCAGAGCA